UUCUCCAAAGUUCCUUGUCUUCACAGUGAGUGAUUAUUUCAGUCAUUGUUAGCCAAAACAACACCACAGUCAUGGCAGGUAAUAGGCACAAGAAAUCUUCUUCAAGUUUAUUCUCUAUUUUCAACAUCUUCUCAUCAAAGAAGCACAGAGGAGGGUACUACGAUGCCCCUGAUUCAAGCCGCAGGGUGUGGCCUAGUGAUUAUGACAAAGGUAACUGGGGUGUUGCUGAACCCAAUAUUGACAUGAAAGCUGAAGCUUUCAUAGCCAAGUACAAGAAACGUGUUUCUGAAUCUGCACUCUAUCAACUUGACCCUGCUGCUGAUAAUGCAUGAUUUGAAAGCAUAUGUAUAUGUGUUUAUUUCUCUUGGCUGUGUGAACUGAUUUAUCCAUUAAUAUUGCUUCUACCUUGUACUGGUAGAAAUUAUGUUAAUAAAUAAUGAUAUAUAUGAACAACUUAUUGUAUACAACAACUUGUCUAGUUGUUCAUAUGGAUCACUGUAACCCCUGCACUUCGGGUGAAUUGUAAUCCCCCUUCUUAAUGUAAUAUACUGUGGUUCAGAGAUGGCAUUUGUCUCUUUCACCAUCUAUUUUUCUCA